UUAUAUCUUUUCAGGAAGCCCAGCUUGGCCGAAGACCUUUUCCUUAUGAACUUUUCCAUAAGACCCACACUAGGAAAGGCACCUCCGAUAUGGUUGAUUCACGAGCGCAAUCAAUUAAGGAUGCAUUUUUGGCGCUUAAGGAGCAGUCAUCUCAACCACAAGAGGGGUGCAGUGACCCUCCUAUUGUAGAUGAGGUCGCACUAUAUUAUCAAGUUGUGGGGGGGGAGAAGAAGAACAGGGUUUAUGGCAUUGGAUCUCAAGCAUCAAUUUUUUACCCUAGCUCAUCACAUGGAUCAUCUUCUACUGCAUCCUAUUGUGCUCAGUCAGAGGCAAUGGAGGAAGAGAUUCAACAAUUGCAUCAAGGGUUAUCAUGGAUGGGGUGGAUAGGCUUCAAUGAUGGCACACCAUAUGCAGCUAAUAUUGAUGCUUUGUUUGUGGCGUUAAACACUUAA